UUGUAAAAUAAAAGUGGUUGUGUUAAAAAAUGAAUGUAAUAAUUUCAAAUCUAUUCUUUUUUAUUUUUGCAAUAACCGUAGAAUCUGCAAAAGUAAAAUAUAUCAAUGAUAGUCUAACAACUUAUCAAAAGAUAGUCGAAGUUAUUAGGCUGUCAAAUAAACCUUUUUUAAGUGACAUCAGUGAAAAAGACGAUCUUGUUAAUUGGUUUUCUAGUGAAUCUUCAACAAUAUGGGAGCAAGUAAAAAGUUUCACUGAUGAAGUUAUUCUUCCGUUAAAUUUUACCUCCACGCUCAUAAGCGAAAAAAAAGAUGAGGUGGAGACAAUAUCUGGAUUUUUAGAAAAAGGAAAUGGCUUAAAAAUCAAAAAUGAUUUUUCAAAGUUUCUUUCAAAAAAGGAUAAGUUCUUCCCACAAACUAUUUCAAGCAGUAAUAUGUCAUUUGAUCCAAACUGGAUAACUUUAGUUAUCUAUUAUAUGAGAGCUUCUUCAUUGAUUCAUUUAGCACUAUUGGAUCCUCGUCAAUCUAAAGCAAAGAGAUUAAAUAAAUGUGCGCUUCAUCAUGAGUUAGAACUACUGAGAGAAGAUGUUAUUGGAGCAGCUAAACAUCUGUAUAAGUUAAGAUAUCAACACACCAUAAACGGUGCAGGUAUUGGAAACUUGAAAGAUGUACCUGAUGGCAUAUUGCUUGAUAGUUCUAUGAUUCCUAAAUAUAAAAAAUCAAGUGACGCACAAGGAUAUUUAUCCUUCAGUGACACCUUUUUGAAUGAUAAUGUUUCAAUUUCCUUGCCUCAUAUCAAGCAUCUUUACUUUGAUCUUAUUGUAAGAGAAAGUAUCAAUCCUUUGAUUGAACGAAUGACUAUGUUUUACAAUAGCUUAAUUGGGAGCAACUGCGAUGAGAUAAUGACUGAAGUUGGAUGCCAGUGUCCAAAAAUGAUUUUAAAUGAAGAAGUUCGAUUUGCUUAUUCUGAUGAUUGUUAUGGUGAAGUUCAAAACAGAGCUAUCAAGUGCAAAUUGCCUUGCUUAGAUUAUGAUGGAACAAACAAUUAUAUUUGUGUCUUUGGUGCUGCUCUUGAAACUGGUUCGUGGUACGUAGAAGAAGUAAGCGAAACUACUAGAUCGGAAAAUCCUGAUCGCUAUAGCAACCGUGCUUAUUGUAAUCCUCCUAAUCAAAAUGAUUGGGAUCGUUGUAUGAAUGUUCAAAAGCUAAACGAAAACCUGCUGGUACUUAGUGAAAAAUCAGCCGAUAAACAGAGAAAGAUUAAUUUGAAAUCAAAAAAGAUACCUCCAAAAUCACGCAUUGACCAAAAUCUUUUGAAAUCUCUGGUCGGUCGUAAAUAAAUUGUUUGUAAUAGUUUUCAAAAUAUGUAAUUAAAAAAAG